AUUCAUUAUCUUUUUGAGAAACAAAUAUAUUGGAUCCCUAAUUUAAUGAAACUCAAACGGCUUCCAAAUUGUAAGUUUUUUGGGUUUGGAACUAAUCCAAAUAAUAUUAAAUCUUGGAAUUUAGAAGAAUUUUUCAAGCAAGGUGGCUUUGUAACAGCUACAGCACCACUCUUUGCCAGAGGUGAAAAUGUUAUAUUUCGUAUUCUUACUGUGAUGAAUCAUCAAAAACAACUUUAUAAGGACGCGUUCUGGGAAUUCUUAUUAAGCAAAAAUACGACAGAUUCGCCUCCAUCAUUCCUCUUAAGCUUACAUAGAACUAUGAUGAGAGUUCAUUCACAACAAUGGAAGAAAUAUCGACAUUUUAUUGUACUUUAUGAUGAAAGCGAGGAUCUAAAUCAAGAUCUUCCAAUUGAAGGAGUUGAACUAAUGACGCUCAAAGAAUUUGAGAAAGAUUUUGGUCUUUAA